CCUUUUCUCUAUUGUGCCCAGCACAUACCGGUAGAAACGCAAACAGGCUUAUACUUUGCGAUAGUGGCGCUACCCGCUACGAAUUAACUUUUGCUUCGCCUUUUGGAGCACGCUGUACAUCUAUACCAUAAUUGUCAAUUGAGUGAGUGUAUACAUAUCAAAACGUGAUUUUCCUCGUUUUUUGGUGAUCAUAAAUAAACUUUUUCGAAUGUAGAAAUAAAUUUUACAUUAAAAAUAAAAAAGAACGUUAUUAUAUAUCAGUCCAUAUAUGUUGUAAAUAGUUAAAAAAAGUUUCCGAUGGAUUUAUUUUAGAAUUUGAAACAGACAAAUAUUUCCAUUAUGAAUUCUUUAGAUGAUUCUAAUGAUUCAGAUUCAGAAUUAAUUGGCAAUAAUGAUUCAAUAAUUGGAGAAAUAUUAAUACAGAUGAAAUCCGAAUUUAAUAAAUCUGUAGAUCCUUCAAUUAUAAAAAAUAAAAUUGUUAAUAAUCAAGUAACCACUUCGGAGUCUAUUGACACUGCCAAAGAUAAUUGUUUACCACAAGAAAGUACCGUGACGGAGGAAUUUGUUACGAAAUCUGUAACUAAUAUCUCUACAAAAUCUAUUGAAAAUGUCGAAAAUUCUCUAGAUAAAGAAGUCUCAAAUAAUAUUGCAAAUGGUAAUAAUCAAAGCAAUGAAACUACUGAAAAUGGAAAUAAAACAAAUUUUGUAAAUAAUACGGAAGAUAAAGUUGUUCAUAUUGAACAAGAAGAAACAGUACAAAGAAAAACUAAAACUAAAAUUAAUAAUACAAUUUUAAGUAAUCGUAAUGAAAUGCAUGAAGAGGAGAACGAGUUAUUGACUGAAGACAAAAAUCUAACCGUUCGAGAAAAGAAAAAGGAAGAUAAUAUUCGUCCACGGUGUCGCAGUUCGUUACGUAACAAAUUAACAGUUGAAAAUCCGGGAUUAAAACGAUCAUCACGUCGAUUAAGUAAAGAUUUCGGUGAAACUGUCUUACAAAGUGCAAUUGCGCGAAAAGAAAAGUCGUACAAUGAGACUGUAAAGCCACAGAGAUUAAGUCGCCGCUUAAAACCGAAGAAGUUAAAUAAUACGGAAACACCACCGAAAAGUCCUCGAAAUAAACGUCGAAAUUCGAUUAGUGAAAAAAUUAAAUCGAACGAUGAAAAUAAUUCAAAUGAAAAUAUUUCGACAUCUUUAGAAAAUAAUUCUUUACUACCUCAAUCCAAUGAAAAUUUAUCUGAAAUAAUUUCUGAAAAUAUUGAUUCAGAUAUAAAAGAAAAAACACCUCCUAAAAAAAAUAAAAAUGUAAAAAACCUAAGGCUUCCAAAAAAGAAUGUUGAGGCCGUAAUUGACAACGCGAUUUUAACAAUUGAAAAUACCUCAAAUCAAAUUGAAAGUAUAUCAAAUGAAACUGAAAAUCCUUCGGAUACAAUUGACAAUAAAUUGUCACCGGAAAUUCUCGAAAAUGAUAAUGCAAUUCCUUUAAUUUCAUUAUCAGCAGAAGCCAAAAAACCUUUAACGAGACGGAAAACAAGUGACAGCGACAGCAAAAAUGUAUUGGAAAAUGCAUUGCCUACAAUUGUUCGAAGACGAUCACAUCGUCAAACUACUUCGCCACAACAAGUAGAUCAAACUGAUAAACUGCCACCAGAUCAAUCAAAGAGUCCACCAGCAAUCCCACAAUUGGAAGGCUUGAAAACUUGUCUAUGUUUAAAAAGAACCCAAAUUGAAAUAGAAAUUUCAAACGAAAAUGAAAUGUUUUGUACUGCUGUGGAUAGUGUAAGUGGAAAGUGUAUUGGAUGUAAUAAUAUGGCAGAUAUUUCGGAUAUUCGGCGUCCGUCUAAUAGAGUACCAUUUUUAAUUCUUUGUACGGUGCAUUUCCAAAGAAUUAUUCGACACAAUUGUUGUCCCGGAUGUGGCAUGUUUUGUACUGAGGGAACUUUUAUUUGCUGUAAAAAUGGUCAUCAAUAUCACCGUGAGUGUGCUAGUAUUAUCGAUGUGACGUAUGACGGACAACAUUUGGAAGAAAGACCUCUGCAAUGUUUACAUUGUGGAUUAAUAGAAAACCAAAAAGAAGUACAAUUAAUAAUGAAAUCUUCAAUUAAACUUGCAUUUUUACCAUUCCAAAGAUCUUAUUACCCUGCUGCAAAAAUGAAAAUCCAAUAUAUAGAACACGAUCAAUAUAAGAUGGUUGAAGAUAAUGGAUAUUAUUUGGAAAAUGAAAAUUACAAAAAACUUUCAAAAUUAUGCACAAACAAAAACGAUAAUGGAUUUUUGUUUACAUCUGAAGAUCUUUAUGAAGCUGCUGAAACUGGGGAUAUAGAAAAAUUAUCUGAAAUCAUAGCAAGUGGAAUCGACUUACAACAGUCUAUUGACAGUCACGAUGGUGAUACAGCAUUACAUGCAGCAUGCACAGGUGGUCAUAAAAUAGCUGCUUAUAUGUUAUUAGUAGCCGGUGCAUCUGUGAAUGUUAUAAACAAUGGUCAAAAAACCCCGUUAAUGAACGCAAUACUUGGAUUUCAUGAAGAAAUGUUAUAUUUCUUAAUUAAAAAUGGUGCCAAGAUAUCGUUUAAAGGGCCAGAUGGAAUGACUGCUUUACAUUUAGCCGCUAAAAUAGGGUUUUUAAACGGAUGUAAAAUAUUAGUGUCUUCGUCAAAUAACGAUAAACAAUUUAUUGAUGAAAAAGAUGAUGGAGGAUGGACACCAUUAGUAUGGGCGUGUGAACAUGCUCAUGGUGAUAUUGCAAGAUUUUUAUUGUGGCGUGGUGCCGAUCCACAAAUUAGAGAUUUAGAACAUAAUGUACCGUUGCAUUGGGCUGCGUUUGGCGGAAAUUACGAAACAAUAGAUUUAUUAUUAAGUCUCGGGGUUGACGUUAAUGCUAAAAACGUUCAUAAAGAAUCUCCUUUGCAUAUUGCUGCACGUCAAGAUCGAUAUGACUGUAUAAUUAUCUUGUUAGCUCACAAAGCAAUACCAGAUUAUGUCAAUUCUGAUGGUGAAACACCACUGGAUUGUUGUGGUGAAAAAUCACAAAAGUGUAGAGAUAUAAUAUCGUUAAAUAUACAAUUACGAGCCAUGUUUUCAAAUGUUCCAUCUAAAGAUCCAGUUUUAGCAUAUGAUAUAUCUAAUGGCAAAGAAUUAAAUCCUAUUCAGUGUAUUAACUCUUGUGAUGACGAACCAAAGCCUUCCGAUUUUAUUUAUAUAACAGAAAAUUGUAUUACUGCAGAUAUAAGAAUUGAUAGAAAAGUGACAACAUUACAAUUCUGUCGAUGUGAGGAUAAAUGUGGAACACCAUCUUGUCAGUGUAACAACAUAUCGCUGAGAUGUUGGUACGAUGAUCAAGAAAGAUUGUUACCUGAAUUUGAUUAUUUAGAUCCACCAAUGAUAUUUGAAUGUAAUCAAAUGUGUUCCUGUAAUACAAUAACGUGUAAAAACCGUGUUGUCCAAAAAGGUUUAACACAACGGUUUCAAAUAUUUAGAACAAAAACAAAAGGAUGGGGUGUAAAAACUUUACGAUUUAUUAAACGUGGUACAUAUGUGUGUGAAUAUAUUGGAGAAAUUUUAUCAGAUUUAGAAGCAGAUCAACGUGAAGAUGACAGCUAUUUAUUUGAUUUGGAUAGUCGUGUAUGUACAAUUGGUUAUGGUAUUUUAACAAAAGAAGGUGAAACUUACUGUAUUGAUGCUAGAAAAUAUGGUAAUUUAGCUCGUUUUAUUAAUCAUCAUUGUUCUCCAAAUCUUUUGCCAGUACGAGUGUUUAUAGAUCACCAAGAUCUACAUUUUCCAAGAAUAGCAUUCUUUGCAAAUCGAGAUAUUGCUGCCGAUGAAGAAUUAGGGUUCGAUUACGGUGAAAAAUUUUGGAUAAUUAAAUGUAAAUCAUUUACUUGUACCUGUGGUGCUAGCAAUUGUCGCUAUUCGGAUGCUACAAUUGAAUCGACUUUAAAAGUGUAUCAACUGAGAGAAGAACAAAUUAACUUACAGCAACAGCAAUUGCUUUUACAGCUAAACAAAUAA